AUGUUCGAUCUUACCAACGAGACAUUCUCGCUUGGACAAUCUAUACUGGAUAGCUACGCUUACAACCCUCCUUAUGAUCUUACAGGCUAUAAACAGAAAGGCAAACUAAGGACUGACAAUGGUAAAAUGGAUUGCAUGGAAUUGUACUCUAUCAAUCAAGAUGAUAUCCUUGGAAACUGUCAACGACGAAGGAAUGUCGGCUCUAUCGAAGCGAAUCGACUUCAAAUUCGAAAUUUUAUCCAACAAUCUCGCACAGUGUCUGAAGUGAUUUUGGCGCAACUUGACGGUCAAUUGGGGCUCCAACCUGGUACCCUAGCUGCACUCAGUCCACUGGAUCAACCGUCAGAUAGUUCAGUGCGACUUUUGCUCGCACAGCCACAACUCAAUCCUCAAACCGAUUCCAUCACCUUAGGCGGCCAUACCGAUAUUGGCACGAUUACCCUGCUCUUCAAUGUGAUUGGUGGACUGCAGAUCCUUCCAGCUAGAUCUGAGAAUGUGAUGGCUAAUUGGCGCUAUGUGAAGCCAGAGGUAGGGUGUGCGAUAGUAAAUAUUGGUGAUACUAUCGUUGAGUGGACUGGCGGACUGCUGCGUAGUUCGUUGCAUCGCGUGGUGACUGCUCCAGGCAAACAAGCCCUGGUCCCGCGUCGGAGUGUAGCCUAUUUGGCUCGUGCACAAAAAAAUGCUUCAAUGAGAAGGCUGAGGAGUGGCCUGAUUUCUCCACUCGAGAAGGACCACGAAGAAACAUGUACGGUCACUGAAUGGGCCGCCUGGCGAUCUCAGCAAAUAAUUCGUGGGGAACUGAAGCCUCAAACUAGAGGUGGAAAGACGCGCGAUGAGUGCGAAUCAUCCCCACAGAUAUAA